AAGCUCUCAUCUUUUCCUCUAAAAAUGCUGCUAUGUUUCCUCUACUUUAAAGAACCUUGUUUGUUUUUUAAUGGGUCUGCUGCUGUUUCGCCUUAUAUGGUGUUGCAUUUGUAUUUAACUUUUGUUUCGUUUUCUUAACAAAUCCAUUUCGGACAUAUCACCCUCUUGAUUUUUGAUGCCAGAGAUCUCUUUUUUUUUUUUUUUUUGGGUGGUUUAUAUCCUCUUUGUAUACCCUUUUGCAGGGCUUCAUAUUGUUUGUAAGAAAUAAUUAAUGGUUGACAGACACCAACACCCCACUGUCAUGCAAAAGGUGGCUGGACAACUCCAUCUCAGUUCUAGUUCUUCUUAUGAGCUUCAAAAUUGCUAUGGGGGGAUUUCAAAGACCUGCUAUGCAUUUUGCACAUGCAAAUUAUCGCACUGCAUCCCAGCAGUAUCACUUAACAAAUGCAUGCCAAACAAGGGCAUCACCUGUUUGCGUCAAUGCUCCAUCAGAGAAAGGCUUUGCUGGCUUUGCCAUUGAUAUUCUUAUGGGUGGAGUUUCUGCUGCAGUGUCCAAGACUGCUGCUGCUCCAAUUGAGCAUGUGAAGCUCUUGAUUCAAAACCAAGAUGAGAUGAUCAAGGCUGGCAGGCUCUCUGAACCCUACAAGGGGAUUGGGGAUUGUUUCAAAUGGACAAUUCAAGAGGAGGGGUUUGUAUCUCUAUGGAGAGGAAACACAGCUAAUGUGAUUCAUUAUUUCCCUACUCAGGCCUUGAACUUUGCAUUUAAAGAUUACUUCAAGAGACUGUUUGACUUUAAAAAGGACCAUGAUGGCUUCUGGAAGUGGUUUGCUUGAAACUUGGUAUCUGGUGGUGCUGCUGGAGCCUCUUCCUAUUCUCUUUGUCUAUUCCUUGGACUAUGCUUGGACUCGUCUUGCUAAUGAUGCGAAAGCUGCAAAGAAAGGAGGUGAGAGGCAAUUUAAUGGCUUGGUUGAUGUGUAUCAGAAGACUCUUAAGUCAGACAGUCUCGCUGGGCUUUACUGUGGUUUCAAUAGUUCUUGUGUUGGCAUCAUUGUGUCUUGAGGCCUUUACUUUGGAAUGUACGACUCUUUGAAGCCGGUUAUCCUUGUUGGAAAACUACAGGUUAGUAGAUGGUCU